GGAGAGCAGUUGUUCCUGGGCUCGAACGGCGUUUGCUGAAGCGCAACACUCGCGUCUACCUGCGCCUACUUAACCCCGGACCUCGCGCACAGCCAGAAUAAUCAGCCAAGGCUCGUUCCUCUCGUCCCGCACGGCUCGUGAGCAAUUUUUGGAAAGAAUGAUGAGACACCGCCUUCCCGCGUCCACCCGCUCGAAUGACACCGUCUUUAGCCAAUCCUGUCCUCGCUUUUGGCGCCCCCGUAUUGGCUGGCGAUAGCUAGCUCGAGGCCUUAGUGAGGGAACUCGAGCGAGAGGAAGAAGGUAAGAUGGCGGACGCGGGAAGGGCCAAGAUACUGGCAUGAACAGAAUUCGGAUCCAUGUUUUGCCUUCAAGUAGGGGGAGACUCACCCCCUUGCCAAGGCCACAGGAGGCCUUGCUGUGUGCCUUUGCUCAUCGUCCAUGCUCUCAGCCUCGUUUGGAGGGACAUGAGUUCUGCAUUAAGCACAUUCUUGAAGACAGGAAUGCACCCUUCAAGCAGUGUAGCUACAUUUCCACUAAGAAUGGCAAGAGAUGUCCAAAUGCAGCUCCUAAGCCUGAGAAGAAGGAUGGAGUAUCAUUCUGUGCUGAACAUGCUCGCAGAAAUGCCCUGGCACUACAGGCUCAGAUGAAGAAGUCUAAUCCUAGCCCUUUGCGAGAGUCUCUCCUCUGUCAAUUGAGCUCUUAUGCUAAGACAGAAUUGGGUUCCCAGACUGCAGAAAGUAGCCGCAGUGAAGCUAGCCGGAUACUGGAUGAGGACAGCUGGAGUGAUGGCGAGCAGGAACCUCUUACUGUAGAUCAGACAUGGAGAGGUGAUCCUGACAGUGAAGCAGAUAGCAUUGACAGUGACCAAGAGGACCCCCUCAAACAUGCUGGUGUGUACACUGCUGAGGAAGUGGCACUGAUCAUGCGAGAGAAACUGAUCCGACUGCAAUCUCUGUAUAUUGAUCAGUUCAAACGGCUUCAACACCUCUUGAAGGAGAAGAAACGCCGGUACCUGCACAGCCGCAAGGUGGAACAUGAAGCCAUAGGUAGCAGCCUCCUGACAGGCCCAGAGGGACUUCUGGCUAAAGAACGCGAAAACCUGAAGCGGCUGAAAUACUUGAGACGGUAUCGACAGCGCUAUGGUGUGGAGGCGCUCCUACACCGGCAACUGAAGGAACGCAGAAUGCUGGCCACUGAGGGUGCUGCCCAGCAGGCACAUACCACUCGUUCCAGCCAGAGAUGUUUGGCCUUUGUAGAUGAUAUUCGGUGUUCCAAUCAGUCGCUCCCAAUGACAAGACACUGCCUUACUCAUAUUUGCCAGGACACCAAUCAGCUUCUCUUUAAGCUGUGCCAAGGGUCAGAAGAGGCACCUUGCAGCAAGCCAGUGCCUGUAAGCCUCUCUGAAGAUCCUUGCUGUCCACUGCAUCUCCAACUACCACCUCAGAUGUAUGUUCCUGAACAGGUACUUUGUGUUCCUGAGGAGCUGGAAGCUGCUUCCACGGAUCUGUACUUGAGUGCAGCUGAACUCCGACCCACAGAGAGCUUGCCAUUGGAGUUCAGUGAUGAUUUGGAUGUUGUUGGGGAUGGCAUGCAGUGCCCUCCUUCUCCCCUGCUUUCUGAUCCUUCUAUGGCUCUCGAGAACCAGCUGAACAAAAACGUUGCUGACAUCCCCAUAAGCUUGCGUUCAAGUGAAGAGUCAACUCAGCAUGGUCAUCUGAACCAGGUGGCACAGCCAGGCAGAGGGAGCUUUUCCAGACACACUGUGUCUCCUGCCUCUGAGUUGCAGCAGGAGUUACCAUUGCAGGUACUGAGCCAAGCUUGGAGUACCUUUCUGUAGCAGAAGUGGAUCCUUUCCAAUAUGCAACAUCUUGUGUCGAGUGGGUCUGGGCUGGAGGAGAGUAAAAAAGAAGAACCUGCAACUAAUGGAAAUUCAGAACCAGCUUCCAUCAGCUGAUAGAACUCUCAACAGAUGGAGAUCCACAUCAUGAAGCAACUGCUCCCCUUGAACUCCUCUUCACUUUUUGUGUUUCUCAGUCUCCCUAUGAAAUCUUCCCAGAUUAGUGAAAUGUCUGUUUGGAAGGCCAUGUGGAAAGCAGGCUUCAAAUGCUAUCCCAGCAACUGCCUUUAGACCUUGUUCAGUGAUUGCCUUUUACAUUUCAAACACAAAGUUGCUAUCUGAUGUAAAUUCAGAGAAAGCAUGAGGAAUAACUCAAUGCUUAAAGGAUUGAGAGGCUGAGCUUAGGUUAUAUUCAUAGUCACAGUUACAGUCUUUGAUAAAGGGAAAUGUCUUGGAGUAUUUGCUAUAGUGUGUGCUGUGGGGGAUAUGUCUAAAGUAAUGGGUUUGGCCAUGCUAAAGGUGGAGCUUCUAAUUAGCUGUACUGUACACUAGCCUGUUUGUCUGUGCAAAGGCUUUUGCAAAGGCUGUACAGCUGUCUUUGUCUUCCCCACUCUGCUCCAGCACUGAAGGCUGUAAACAGAUUCCCACUUGUAGCUUUAGCUUGUACAGAACCCUUGUAGCAUAAAAUAAAAGACACUGGAUAAAGUUUAUAGCUUACUAUUCUAAAUGCAUAAAUUUAAUUGAUUCCCUUCUCAGUCUCUCAAGGGAAAAUAAACUAGAGCCAAUUUUUUAAAA